AUGUUAACAAUUCCGCUUACAUCAGCUGGAGCAGAGAGUCGAGAGAGAACAUUCUCAAAAUUAAAACUUAUAAAAACUUAUUUACGAAGUACCAUGUCACAACAAAGACUUACUGGACUUGCUACAAUUCGUAUAGAAGAAGAACUAUCAGAACAACUAAAUUAUGAAGAUAUAAUAAAUGAUUUUGCAUCUAAAAAAGCUAGAAAAAUUAAAGAAUUAUAA